ACUGCAGCAUCUGGUCUUAGUGCUCCUGGUGAACAUAAACCAGUUUUAGAACAUUCUUUACACCAACUGCUGCGUGAGUUGCAUUAUAAAGCCAUUCAUCAUCCUAUGCCGCAUCCAACAACUUCAACAUUGGGCAUCAGCAAGCGUAGAAGACUGGCUGGACCUGAAGCUUCAGACUUAGAAACCAUUCGUAGAUCAAUCGACUAUGAAAGCCUGUUAGAACAAAUAAUAAAGCAGUCUCGUCAUGCCCAUUUAAGACUCAGGACUAUGUAUAUGAUUGACACAUUUGCUGCUGAAAUUAAAGAUCCAUUAAUAGUUGCUCAUUGGUCAUGCCUCAACAGUCCAACUCUAACUAGUGUGAAGAUAAAUGUUAUGACCAAUGGUUAUGAAACAAUUUGCAGGACUCCAUUAGUUGUUUAUGUAGAAGAGAAAAGUUUAAGAGCAGUUUGCAGAGAUGGUCGCUCAAUGACUUUAUCAUACGAAGCUCAAGAACUCAGAUACCUUCUCAUGUGUCAGGUAUCACAACAUCAAGUCAAUGCUGCUCAAGCAUUAGCAAAACUGAUGGGAUGGAAAGUUAUUUCUACAUGUAAUAAUUUGGGUAUAGGAAUGCUAGAACCUGUUGGAAAUGCAUCUUCAGUAUUAAUGGCUUCUCCUGUUGGAGACAGAGUCAUCGCCAUAAGAUGUGGUCCAAAAACUGGAAUCCAUGUCAGUGUUUCGUUUUCACCUCAGCAUGCAGAUUUCUAUCCCAGCACAUUAGUUCGAGACAGGAAAUGGCAAAAUUUAGCUGGCAGUUUCCGAGAAGUGUGGUGGGAAAAAAUGGAAGGCCGGAACUUCUUGAAUAAAUUGGAACAUUUGAUGGCCAGUGUGACUCCUUGUUGAUUCAUAAUAUUUAUAAUGAAACUUAUUUUGUACAUAGUUUUUUCUGAAUUAAAAUGUUUUUAUAAAAUUA